AUGAAGAUCCAGACGCUAGUUUCACUUGGCGCUGUAGGCCUUGCCUUCGCUAACCCAAUUCACAACCUUGAGGAACGCGAUGGCAGUCUCCGCAAGUGUAUUAAAACUCUUAUGAUGGAAGAAGUCAGCAAGAAGUGUUUGUCUGAUACUACAUGCGGCGAGCUGCAAAAAUUUAUACCAUGUAUGACCGAAGCAAUCAACUCCGAUCCUACAUCUUUGCCGUUUGGCCAGCUCCCCGCAGAACCGUUGAAGCAAUUUUAUAGUUGUACCGAGAAGAUACGGGGAUCUUUGGGACUUACGCAGGUGGACCAGCUGCUAGAAAUGCUUGUCGAGGUUGGGAAUGAUGUUUCGGAGCGCUGUUUUGGGGAGGAGGGUUCAAAAUUUUAUGGAAGGGACUAA